GUAUACUGGUACAACUUCCGUUACCAAAACACAUUAAUGAAGAGAGAGUUCUUGGUGAAAUCAGUCUGGAAAAGGAUGUAGAUGGCUUUCAUCCUCUGAAUAUUGGCAAGCUUGCAAUGAAAGGCAGACAACCUCUGUUCCUCCCUUGCACGCCCAAGGGAUGCAUCGAGCUUUUGCAUCGAAGUGGGAUUAGCAUAAAAGGGAAGAAUGCCGUUGUGGUUGGUCGAAGUAACAUUGUUGGAUUACCAGUGUCUCUGCUGCUUCUGAAGGAAGAUGCUACUGUUACUAUAGUGCACUCACGCACCAAGGAACCAGAAAAAAUCGUUCGUGAAGCAGACAUUAUUAUUGCUGCCGCAGGACAGGCUAUGAUGAUCAAAGGCAGCUGGAUUAAACCGGGUGCUGCAGUAAUUGACGUAGGGACAAAUGCUGUAGAUGAUCCUACUAGGAAAUCAGGUUAUAGACUUGUUGGAGACGUCAAUUUUCAGGAAGCAUGUGAGGUAGCUGGAUGGAUAACUCCAGUUCCGGGGGGUGUUGGACCAAUGACUGUUGCAAUGCUUCUCAAGAAUACCUUGGAUGGAGCUAAACGAGUUAUCGAGAAGUAAACACUUUCUUUAGCUCUUACACCUACAAUAAGAUGUCAAGGCUGCUAAGCUGCUGAUAUUUUCUUAUAUUUAAAGAAAACCAUACAUCUAGAGGUGUCGUUUUCAUUCAAGAAAUAGCAAUGAUACUGUUCCUGUGAUGUGGAAUUCGUGUUGGGAAGGUUAUUUGGCGUCAAAGAGCUUCGUGAAAUCUUAAACUUUUCACUAGAACUGGUGAAGUUAACACACUUUCUUGCUAGAGUAGCCUAAGGUCUUGAACUCUACAAGAUUGUAGCAGUAGUUCUUUUUACAAUAUCACUUUGAAAAUGCACUAUACAUCUAAUGAAAAAAGGAUCCUUCUUCUGUUACCAACUUCAAAA